CUUCGCAGGUCAAUUUAGGAGGUUUCAGUCGCUUGUUUCAAAUCGAGUUUUAAUAACCGACUUUUAAUUAUACACACAGAUGAAAAGCAUUCUGAAAAAUAAAAGCACGAAUAUACAAAGAAGUAGCAGUUUGGAUACGAAAUGUCAAGCUAAACAAUCAGUUGAUAAAGAUGACACUGGCGGCGACGGAGGUGGUGGUGGUGGUGGCGGUUGUGUCGCUGACAGUGAUCAUAGUUGUGGUAGAGGAGAAUGCAGAGAUCUUGACAAAUGCGAAAGCUUUAGCAAUAAUAACAAUAUUAACAGCCACAAGAAGCGCGCUUUAAUUCGUGAUGAACAUGGUGUUUGUCGCCCAGGAGAGUUGGAUGAAGAUGCUAAUAUGGAAGAGAAGCACGAAUCCCGAUUAUCUGUUGUCGAUCGUUCAGCUGCAGAGAGAAUUUCAUAUCGUUUAGUACAACAGCGUAGUUUAGAUUAUGGUCUUUACAGAAAGUUAAAUAAUUUCAAUAUUGACUCAUCUAACAGCAGUUCAAAUAAUAAUAUUUCUCAGGAGAAAAAUUCUGCCAGACCCCAUGAACCAACAUCAACAACAACAACCCACGAACCUGUUACAUCUAAUGAUGUCCUAGAAGGCGGAAGUAGAUUUGAUCCACAAGAAAUAUUACUCUACGCUAAAUUAGAAAAUCAAGAUAUGGCAAUCGAAGACGAUGAAGAUGAUAUUGCAGAAGUUGAUGAUGAAGAUAUUGACGGUGACACUGGUGUAUACUCUAAUCCUAAAAUUAAAGAACUUGGUAAAGAAUUUACCCUGAAAGAUAUACUAGCACAUCGUGUACCUGAAUUAGAAGUUGAUAAUUGUAAAGAUGAAGAAGAUUGAUAAAAUUGCUUAUAUAGUAGAUUAAACGAAUUCAAAUACCGCUUGACCUUGAAGUUGUGUGUUUGUUUGCAUUAUUGUUACAUUCUAAAAAACAUUCAUUCACAUUAUUGAACAUUGAUGAAUUAUUCACUUUUUUGUUUAAAUGAUAAGAAAGCAAAAAAGCAGAAAUCUGGAAAGAAUAAGGUGGAUAUUUAUUCCCUCUCCCAUUCGUUUGUUUGUUUUUUGGUUUGUUUGAAUGCAAUAAAGUAUCUCCAUCCUAAAUUGCCGCUUUUUUUGAAAUUUUCCCUCCCUUUUUCCUUCCUCGUUUGCGUGUUUGUUUGUUUUAACCUUGUUUUACCUCAUUCAAAUUCAAGAUUUUCAUGAAUGUUUUUGUAAAAUAAACAACAACAAACAAACAAACAGAAUAAGCAGGAGAAAAUAUCGAUUCACUUGAAGGUGUUGAUUUUUUUUGUCAA